AUGUCAGGCGAAAUCCACUCAAUCCACCUCGUCCUCCCCCCGGGAACUCCGCUCAUGGAAACUUCUGCUUCUACGAACUCGAGUGAAGGACAAGAGAGCGUUUCUCAAGACUCAACCCAGCGCUCUAGUUCACGCCGAUCUCAGAGAAUACAAGAUCUCUUAAACCCGGCUCCACCUCAGUCGGCUACUGAACCCCGGGAAGACCCUACAAUUAAGCAGGACACAGCUGCUGAUAACUCCCAGUUGCCCGCUUUACGUGUCUCAUCUGAGACAUGUGAGCCGGCUACUGGACUAUCCCAGCGGGACAUGUCCAAUUCCGGAAAUACUUCGUCCGCUCCUCCAAAUUCGGCCAAUCCGCACCAAUUUGGACAGACCCCAUCGCUGGUACCAGGUUUUAGGCGCAUGCUUCCAAACGGAUUUGAAGUGACCGAGCCUGGCUCUUCAUACACUAGCUUGCAGGGAUUGCGCGUAAGCAAUACGGAGGAUAACUCUGCUGAGUUCUCGACCCAUAUGUCUCAUUUGAAUCCUCAUCGAAUAUUCCGCAGCCAACAGAACAGUGUCACAAACGGCACGAUACACCAAACCGAUCGACCAACUUCUAUGCCUUCCGUUGAACAUCCUCAAAGAGAAACAAGUCGACUCUCACUCAUCUCACAAAAUAUCAUUGCGUUGGAGGAGCAGUUUAGCCGUGGUAUAAUUCCCACCGUUGAUGAGAUUGCGAGGCUCCGUUUCCAACUCUAUCAGAUGCUAGAUGAGCAGUAUAGAAAUCCUCUCAAACCACGAGAUCCUGCUUUGGAGAGCUGGAUUACCCGUGUAUUGAACCUUGCGACCAGAGCAGAUCAGCAUCGCGUCAUGAAAGCCCGCCAACAACCUCAAUUCAAUAAUCAUCAAUCCAGAUUUGAAUCUACCAAUGCCGCUCUUCCGUCAACCGCUGCAUACCUACUUAAAGCUCCAAAUGGCACCCAGUACGUAGUGAUGCGCCCAAAUGAUCAGCCUUUGCCGUCCGCUUUUCGACCUCGUGCCCCAAGACCCGCCGCCAACAUUCCAGGUCUGUUCAUGGGUGGAAACAUUGCUCCAUUAGGAGCACCUGGCUUCGUUGCACGACUUCCUGGAAAUCGAGUUUUUAGGCCACCGUUGGUUCGGCGUCGGUAUCGACGAUAUGUUAGACCCAUUAAUCUUGUGGCCAUAAUCCGGAGUUUUUGGCUCUUUAUUCGACUAUAUUUCAUCAGCUAUUUGUUCAGUGCUAGAGGAUCAUGGCUUCGAACACUUCUCGUCCUUGCAUCUGCUGUUGUCGCGGUAUUUUCGGAGACGAGUUUUCCAGAGAGAAUCCAACGCUUUGUUCUGAGGCCUGUUCAGCAACAUUUAGAAAAUCUUUUACCCACUGAUGGUCAACAACGACAAGCACAGCCGGCCGCUCAGAGACCCAACGAUACGGCUUUCGAUGCCAACUUGCGAAAUGAACCUAUAAACGGCCGGCAAGCCCAAGGAAAUCCGGCCCAAGCAGAGCACGGCGGCAUCUGGGACGGCUUGCGUAGCUUAGAACGAUCUGUUGCAAUAUUCCUUGCGAGUUUCAUCCCGGGCUUGAGUGAACGCCACAUUGCGGCUCGAAACGCUGCAGAAGUUGCCAGGCGGAAUGAAGAGCAGCGACAGCAGGCAGAAGAGCAACAGCCUGAAGUGAAUACCGAUCCUACAGCGCCUCACCCUCAAGGGGGGACCAAUGAUCCGAGUGUCGAACAAGAUGCGACCACUCCGGUUCCUACAGACACUACAAGGAAUGCGGGUGACGCCCAUCAGGAUCAGCAAUCAAAUCAAGAACGAGCCGACCAAUAA